AUGCGUGAAGCUGCUCUACUUCAUUAUCAUAUUCCAGAGAUGCGAGAUGUUGUUAUUGUUGAUAUUCCCAAGAUGCAGACUGCAAUGUUUGUUAUUUCUAAUCCAAAGAACAUCUUGAUCGUGGGUUCACUUUCUCAAGCCAUGUUAUCUAGGGUUCCUGUUGAUCGUCCUAUAAUUGUUGAAUACUUGAAGACUGCAGUUUCUACUGGAGAUGUUGGAUCUGAAUCAAUUCAUGAAGAAGAACCUCCAAUGAAGAAAGCAAAAGAUUUUAAGCGAAUAGGGAAAACAAUUGUUUCUAACAAAUCUAAAAAACAAAAUAAUUCAAGGGUUUCUCAAGUAGUUUUUGAAGACGAAUCGAGUGAGCAUACUACAAGCCUUUAUCAUAAUGUAAAGGAGUCUGCUUUUAAUCAUGAAGAAGAUUCUACGAACAUUAGGCUGAAAUCCACAAUUAUUUUGGUGCCAAUUCAAACUCCUCAUGUCUCUUCGUAUAUGGAGUCUGAAGCAGAAAUUUUUAAACAAUUUUCAACGAAACCGUUUGAGAUUUCUAUUUUUACUGAGGCAACUUCUGUAUCUCAAACCACAACUUAUACAGAACUUCCACCAGAUACUUCUACUUUUAAAUCCCAUCGGGAGGAGAAUAGAACCUCAGGCAUCCCUGAAUUCACUUCUACUCCACCUAUUACUAAUGAUUUUGAAGAAGAAAUUCUCAUGAAUGAUGAUUGUAAAUCAAAUGAUGAGUUUGUUGCAACUGGUUUUUCAUUUCAAGUGGAAAGUGAUGAUGAUGAUGAUGAUGAUGCUCCGAUGACUAAAGGUGAUUUUUGCAAGUUGAACAAGAAGUUAGAUGAACUUCUUCCUCAGUCUUCUACUUCCAUGAAUACGAAGUAUGAAGAGUUGUUCUCUUCACAUCAAGAAACAAUUAAGAAGCUGGUUCAAGAUAAUGCUAAUAAAAUUUCUCAAUACAAGAAGUUUGUUGAUGAAUCUACUCAACUUGUCAAGGAAGCCAAUAAAGGGAAUGUGAAAAUUGUUUCUGAAAAGAUAGAUGACUUGAAUCGCCGUUGA